ACCAACCCGUCCCUAUGCCCGUUGUGACUCCGCGCCGCCAGAACACGGCGCCACAGCCUACGUCCACUAGCCACGCCCUCGGAUCGUCCCCGCCGUCCAGGGAGCCUGCGCGGAAGCCGUCGAGCUCGUCUGUGGCUCAACGGAGGGACAAGUCGCUCGACCGCAUCGUCAUCUUCCCGACGGACCCGUACGGCAAGCCACUCGAGAAAGAGCUCCCGGACACCCCGUCGCUCUACACCCCGACCAACUUCGGCCCGCCCUCCCCCACGACCAAGCCGUACAUGCCCCCCGUCCCCAGCCUCCCCUCCUCGCUGCGCGUCGGGACGAACGCAUCGUUUGACACGCCGUUGUCGUCGCUGCGCCUGUCGCCGGGGAUCCAGCUUCGGCAGCUGCCCGGCGUGCAGCACUCGGUGGAGGUGUCGAAGCCGCGGGCGUCCGUCGUCGCCGCGAGUGGCUUCAUGGCGGAGAUCGUGUCUCAGCCGGAGCCACUGCCCUCUCGCUCCAAGAAACACGAGCACCGCGACCGCGAUCGCGACCGAUCCGAGCGGGGUCGUCGUGAGCGGCGGGAGGAGAGGAGGGCGGCGGACCCUGCCCAGCAUGUCAAGGGGCCCAUCUACGGUCCGUCGGCCAGCACUGUCGAUCCGGUCAGAGUGGUCGAUCCGGCCAGAGUGUACGUCCCGCCCACCUACCGUAGCGCGACCCAGUCGCCGUCUCAGAGGGCGAUCUACGCAUCGCCCACUGCGAUCGAUCGUACGCGGGCGGAGCCGUCCACGGUGUAUGGCAGUAGCAGGUCGCCCCAGGCAAGCACGUCGACGGGCCAUUUGAAGAGCAAGCGGUCGGAUUACGGCGGGCUCUACAGCGGAUACUCGCGUCCCUAAAUGGCAGCGUCCCAGACGCAGACGCCCUUCCCGAGCUCCAGCACACUUGAUCGAACGCUCCAGAACCGUGUAACAAUACGACUUUUCUCCAUUGUUCCCUCCUCCCUCCCCCAAUCUCGGCAUCUGUACCUUCUCGCUCGCCCAAUCGCACGCGAGCUUCCACUCUCCUUGA